AUGGAGUCGAAGGUGACAGGAGAAGUUACCCUAGGUGUAGUUGUCGACGAGGCAAAGUGUCUGGCCGAUAAAUUGUGGCCCGAUCGAGAGAGAUAUUUGGAGCAGCUUGAAUUCAUGGAAGCCAUGUUCGCCGGUAUGGACGAUCAGCUGUAUGGUGACUGCUCGGAUGAGGAAGGCUUGAGGGCCUACUUUUGA